UAUUGUGACAGUAUUAGAAGCCUUCCACUUUGACCUGUCCAAGAGCAGAGGCAUAGCUGGGGCAGUAGUCACAGAGCCCAGCAAAGAUCAGGAACUUCCUUUGGAACAAGAUGCGGAGGAGGAAAAAGAGGAUGCUGAUCUGGAUGAAGACUUAGUACAGAAUCAGGCAGAGGAAGUGAGCCCUGCAGUUGACAGUGUUGAGUCUGUGUUAGAGUCCCAGAAAAGUCCAUGUGCUCCAGGUCUUGCCUCCAGGAUACACAGGAUGAUUGUGAGGUCCAUUCUACCAGAGUUGCACAGAUGUUUGACUAAGAAGACAAAGAGUGAUGAGGAGCAUAAACUUGCCCAACCCACAAAAUAUGCAGAGGAUGAGGAGGUACUGAGGGUCCCCAUUGCUUUGGCCAUGGUCAAACUGCUGCAAAACCUACCAAAGGGUACCUUGGAGCAUUCUUUGCCAAGUUUGCUCAUCAAGGUGUGUGAGUUUCUUCGAUCCAGAUCAAAAGACAUUCGCAACAUCACCAGAGAUACAUUAGUCAAAAUUGUUGAUUCACUGGGACCCAGCUUCUUCCACUAUGUCCUGAAAGAAUUGCGAGGUGCUCUUACGAAAGGUUAUCAGUUGCAUGUGCUGUCUUUUACUGUGCACUCUCUCUUAAAAAGUAUGACAGCAAUUCUCCGACCUGGGGAUUUAGAUAACUGUGUUCAGAGCCUAACUGAGGUUUUCAGCAAGGAACUUUUUGGGCAAGUGGCAGAGGAGAAAGAAGUGGAGGGAAUUGUGGGAAAACUGUUUGAAGCAAGAAGCAGCAAAAGUUAUGAUUCCUAUGAGAUUCUAGCAAAAUUUAUCAGCAAGUCAUCUCUGACCUCAUUGAUCAUACCUCUGAAAGAGGUCCUUGACUCCACACACAGUCACAAAAUUUCCAAGAAAGUCCAAGAAGUCUUAAGAAGGGUCACACUGGGACUCAUUGAGAAUAAAGAACUGAAAGAAGAGACAUUGCUUAUCUUUAUACAUGGUCUUGCCAAUGAGGCUCUUCCAUUAAUCACUCCAGAUCAAAAAGACAAGUCAAAUACGUCAAAACCUCCACCAGACCCACGUCUCCAUCCUCCAAGCACAUUUUUGCUCACAUCUGCUCCACCACGUGGAGGUAUCAAACCAUCGGGUAACCAAAAGACAAACAUGCACAUCUUGGUUGACUUUGGGCUACAGUUGUUAUACAUGCUACUGAAGAGAUCCAGAGUAGUGGCUAGCAACACCCAGAACUUACAGAUGUUAGACCCAUUCAUAGAAAUAUUGUCAAACUGCCUGUCUUCAAAACAUGUCAAGAUUGUAACCACAUCUUUGCGAUGCUUAAGCUGGAUGCUGAAGUUUCCCCUUCCUUCUCUGAAGGACCAUAUUACCAAAAUCACAAAUCAACUGUUUGUUCUGCUCAAGAACUAUGCCACAGCAGGGGGAGCUCAGGGGGAGAACUUUGAAUUGGUGGUUAGCUGCUUUAAGACAAUAACUGUCUUGGUGCGAGAUGUAAAAUUUCACAGUGUAGACACCAAUCAGCUUCAGAUCUUACUGGGCUAUGUAGAGGAAGACAUGCAUGAUUUCAACAGACAGGCAACAGCUUUUGGGCUUCUCAAAGCCAUCUUAUCAAGGAAGCUACUUGUACCUGAAAUUCAUGAAAUUAUAGGAAAAGUAGCGCAGUUAUCCAUAACUGCAGAUGCUCCCAAUGUCCGACUUCAGAGCAGACAGGUUGUUCUUCAGUUUAUGUUGGAUUAUCCUUUGGGUAAACAACUGAAAAAGCACCUAGAAUUCUAUGUGACAAAUUUGCAGUUUGAGCUAGAAUCUGGACGUGAAUCUGCCUUAGAAAUGUUGGCAACCAUAUUUUCCAGUUUUCCACAGAAUAUCCUUACUGAACAUGCAGGCUUCUUUUUUGUACCAAUGGCCGCCUCUCUUGUCAAUGAUGAGUCUGCACAGUGCAGGAAGUUAACUGCUUUGGCCAUCAAGUCUUUACUGUCAAAGCUUCACAGUGACCAGAGAGAUGAGUUAUUAAAUAUUACCAUGCUGUGGUUUCAAGAUGAGAAGGUGUCCCACAGGCGACUGGCAGCACAACUUUGUGGAUUGUUUACUGAGGUGGAAUCUGCCAAAUUUGAGCGUCACAUGCCCACGGUGCUCCCCUUGAUUCUUCAGCAAAUAGAACCUGGCAGAUAUCAGGGGAACGAGCCUCAGAGUUUGAAGGAAUUGGACCACCUUUUAUUUAACAGUCUGACUGCAUUGGGCAAGCUUCUCAAAGAGAUAAAUAUUAUUAGGAAUCCUAGAUGGACAGAGGACAUGAAUGCAAUGUGGGUGAGCAUACAAAGUCACCUCCUCCACCCCCAUACCUGGGUGCGACUGGCUACAGCAAGACUCUUUGGGCUUCUUUUUGCUGCCUGGACACCAGAAGAAAUUGCGCAGUCUGAGGGUGUUAGGAAACCCAAAGCUAAACCUGGGAAGGUAGAGGAAUAUGUGCAGCAAGAUACAAGACAGAAGUUAAGAGAGCUUUCUAUAGCAUUCUGCACUCAAUUACAAUCUUCUUAUGUGGAUCAAGAAUUGGCAGACCAGGUUGUGAAGAAUCUGGUAUUUUUAGCUCAAGUCAUUAAGCUUCUUAAUCCCCCUCUGAAGGAAAAACAUCGGACUGUUGUUGAUAAUUCUGAUGAAAAGCCAACAGAUUUGAAGUGGCUGAUCCGAAAAAUGUGCAGGGAAGCCAAAUUUGAAGCUGCCCAAAACCAAAAAAGUUCUCUCAAGGUUUGUUAUGAUAAAUGGCAGCAAUUGGUGUCCCACAGGCGACUGGCAGCACAACUUUGUGGAUUGUUUACUGAGGUGGAAUCUGCCAAAUUUGAGCGUCACAUGCCCUCUGUGCUCCCCUUGAUUCUUCAGCAAAUAGAACCUGGCAGAUAUCAGGGGAACAAGCCUCAGAGUUUGAAGGAAUUGGACCACCUUUUAUUUAACAGUCUGACUGCAUUGGGCAAGCUUCUCAAAGAGAUAAAUAUUAUUAGGAAUCCUAGAUGGACAGAGGACAUGAAUGCAAUGUGGGUGAGCAUACAAAGUCACCUCCUCCACCCCCAUACCUGGGUGCGACUGGCUGCAGCAAGACUCUUUGGGCUUCUUUUUGCUGCCUGGACACCAGAAGAAAUUGUGCAGUCUGAAGGUGUUAGGAAACCCAAAGCUAAACCUGGGAAGGUAGAGGAAUAUGUGCAGCAAGAUACAAGACAGAAGUUAAGAGAGCUUUCUAUAGCAUUCUGCACUCAAUUACAAUCUUCUUAUGUGGAUCAAGAAUUGGCAGACCAGGUUGUGAAGAAUCUGGUAUUUUUAGCUCAAGUCAUUAAGCUUCUUAAUCCCCCUCUGAAGGAAAAACAUCGGACUGUUGUUGAUAAUUCUGAUGAAAAGCCAACAGAUUUGAAGUGGCUGAUACGAAAAAUGUGCAGGGAAGCCAAAUUUGAAGCUGCCCAAAACCAAAAAAGUUCUCUCAAGAGGUCUAGCGUUUUAAGAUGGUUAGCAGCUGUAGCUGUGAACCUUGGACGGUCUGAUUUACCCGACUAUAUUGAACAGAUGCUGCCUCCUAUAUAUGCUGCCUCAGUUGACUCUAGUUUGCAAGCAGAUCCUGCUUUAAAAAGUCUUGCACUAGAGAUCUUAGAAUUAAUGAAGAACACAGUGGGUGUCGAUGUGUUCACCAGAGCUUACAGCACACUGCACAAAACUACAUCUGAAAGAAAGGAGGCCAGAAAACGUCAGAAAGCCCAAGAGGCAGUUUCGAAUCCUGAAGUUGCUGCUAAAAGGAAAAUCAAGAAACAUGUUGCCAAAAAGGAAGCUAAAAAGAGAAAAAUCCAGGAGUUUCGGCCUUCAAAGCAAGUUAAGAAAAAGAAAUUGCAAGACAUGGCAGUUAUGGAAUAAACUGGAAAAAAAGACGAGCAAUCGGCUUAUUUUUCAGACAGAAAACUCAUUAAGAAAAAUUAAUGUAAUAUGAUCAUCAGUGAUUUCAUUUCAUGUUUGAUUUAGUUCACAGGAGUAGAAUAGGAUUUAUCAUUUACGUCCUUUCUUGGUCUGAAGCCAUGUGUGAGGCAAAAUGGAUUACUGAACAAAACAGAUAUGUGCUGAACUCUGCGAACUAUAUACUAUUGCCAUAAAUCACUUCUACUCUGUUGGCUCACUCCCAUGUAUUUGGUGACCAUGUAGUCUUGACAUCAGAUUCACUUUUUGAAUUUUGUCAGUUUGUGUUUACCGGGUAGAUCAAUCUGUAUUUUCGUACUGUAAAUAAAAACAGGAUUGCUGCAUUAUUCAGGAAGUGACCUGUAAAUUGGAACCUAUUUAAUUUAAUUUGAAUAUAGGGUGAACAUAGGGUGGCCAACCCACAUGAAUGCUUUCUGCAUAAUCCCUGCAGGAAAUCUAAUCAGUGUCUAAUCGGGAAUUAUUAGCUGCAAGCUUUUUAGUAUGUCGCCAUGUUUGAUCUGCGGAUCUGUUAGACUGCUCUUCUGAAUACACUCAAAGAUAAGGACUCCAGUAAGUGUUGGACUGUUUAUAGUGACUGGUCAAUAAUUUUGAUCUUAAGACCUUAAUCAGGAUAAAAAUUCAUUUCAAGGUCUGAUAAGUGAAUUGUAGUCAAUUUUGUUAUAAAACAUUUUUUUCGUUUAUAAAAUAAAACAGUAUGUUGAGGGGCAUCCAAUAUAAAAA